AUGUCAAGUCAAAAGAAUCGUUAUGAAGUGUAUCAUGAUGCUGGUGUACCAUGUCACGUCAAGCUGGCACUCGGUAUUAAAAAUUGGAAUUUUGAACUUCUUUGUAAGUUACAAAACAAUUUAUCAUGGUUACAUUUCGUUACAAAAUCUUGUGGAAGCACAAAAAUUCCAAACAUGAAGUUCUGGCAUGACGGUUUAUUCUCGAGAAUUACGUUUCGAGAGCCUGUCUUUAUAGGCGGUCGAGGUAACACGUCUGGGCUGGCUGAACGAUUCCCAACAGACCGUGGAUUCGUUGGUUGUGUUCGGCUGUUACAAGCCAAUGAUCACCGAUACGAUUUUGGUGAAACACCUGCUGGCGAUACAGUCAAAUCUCAAGAAGUUGAGGAAUGCUCUACGGACAAGUGUACAAGAUCUCCUUGUCAACAUGGUGGCAAGUGCGUAACAACCACCAAUUCGUCAAUAUGUCUUUGCCCUCUUGGUUACACUGGAGAUUUAUGUGAAACGAUAUUGGACUUGCAGGUGCCAUCAUUUAAUGGUUCCAGUUAUCUGAGACAUCCCGCUUUGGGAGACUCGGCUCUGUCGUGGUUGGAUUUGGAUAUUGUUUUCAAAACUCAAUCAAUAGACGGACUGAUACUGUAUGAAGGGUACCAAAAGUAUGGUUCAGCUGACUUUAUUUGUGUUUAUAUGAUCGAUGGUCACGUAGAGUUUACAUUCGAUCUAGGCACGGGAACAGCAUCAUUAAGGAGUCCAUGGACAGUUUCUUUAGGAGAAUGGCAUAGACUAUGGAUAUCACGAACAGGAAAAUUAGCAGUUAUGCGUGUGGACAAUCAACCAGAAGUUCAAGUAUUAUCACCGGAAGCAUUUACACAGCUAUCAUUACCGUUAAGUAUGUAUAUUGGAGGUGUACCCGAUUUCGACACAGUACCGGCGCAAAUCAAGGUUCGGACGUCGUUCAAAGGCUGCAUACAAAAAGU